AUGCCCGUCGCAACUCUCCAUCUCCUGGCUCUAGCCAAAUCCACGGAUGCGCAAUCCUUUGUCCAGCAGCUAAAGCAAUCGCCCGGCACUCAAGUUAUUGUCGCCUCGCGCCCGCGUCAUGUCGUAAUUCGCCCAGAUAUCAUAGACAGUAACCCUCUCGCUACAGAGCCAUGGGAUCUGCUCGUGCUCCUGCAGCCACAGUCAAAUGACCAAGACCCCAUCCCAAGCGCCUUGCGCAACCUGAUCACAAAAGAAUACAAAAUAACCACCGGAAUACCCUCAAAACUCGUCACCAACUACCCUGCCACCAACGCCAAACUCAGAAAGGAUGCAUCAUCUAUGCCCCUCACAGGUUCCCUAGAGAAGCUCCUCCGCGAGGGAACCAAAGAAUCAUCGCAAAACUUGGAAGUUUCCCCCGAUUUACUGGAAUUCAUGAAACAACUUUCCAAGACACACCAGGGGCCUGUGACUAUGCUGAACCUGCUGCACUUCCAUCAUCCGAAUGGCAAGGAAUCAUAUUACAAGUAUGGUCAGGCGUUCAUUCCUGUCGCUGGCAAGCGCGGUGGGAAUGCUAAGCUAGUGGGAAAUGUGGUGCCGCCUACAUCGCCGGAGGGUGAUUCGCGAGAAUCACGGGCCCAGUCAUCUCCGCAAGAGUGGUGGAAUGAGAUUUCUAUUGUGCAUUAUCCUUCCAUUCGGCAUUUCUGUGAUAUGCUUGCUGGGGAGGAUUAUCAGGCUAUUAAUGAGAAGUAUCGGCUGUCGGUGAGUUAA